UCCUUGCUCCUGCAGAAAGAAAGUCCUCAGGAGCAAAGCGCGUCUCUCCGGCAGCGGUGGCCGUGCCGAGGAAGGGAAAUGCCCGCUAUGGGCAACUCUUUACGCGCGGCUGCCCUCCUGGCUUUCGUGGUUCUCUCUGUCCUGGUGUCACUUUUAAUCAGCAGCGUGCAGCAGUUUGGAGCGACCGUAUCACGCUUUUCCAACGCAACUGUCUCCGGUGAUGAGGAAGGGUUGGCGUCGCUCCGCGGGGCGUUGAUUUACCAGCUCAAGGAGAGGCGAAAAGAAAUGAUCCCGCUGCUUUUACCUGAUGAUGAUGAGGAUGAUGAUGGGGAAAUAAAUGGACUGUCAGAGGAAAAUCGACAUUCCCUUCAAGACUCGAUUUUGGACUACAGUUUGUGGAAUGAGAUCACACUUGGCUCCAGCAGGAACGCGCAUCUGGAUCAAAUGGGCUGCGAGUCUCUGGUGAACAUGCGGGCUCUGGAGGUGCUGGGAUCUGGAUACACCAAGCUGGUUGUCAAAGUUAGUCUGGUUGGAGGACAGCCCGUGGCGUUAAAACUCGUCAACGAGCAGGGCAUCGACAUGGGCAAGUGUUUGGAGGAGUUUAGGGACCCGCAGGGCUGCCGAGAGCUGGUUUCCUACAAGCUGAGGAAAGAAAUGGUCCUGUUGCAGAAGCUGCGCCAUCCAAACGUCAUAGAGCUCAUGGGUCACUGUGCAGGAGUCCAGGGAGGAAGAGGGAUAGAGGGAGGAAGAGUUGCAGUCAUUCUGGAGCAGGGAAAUCCUCUCCAGAUGAUCCAGCUGCUCCAGAGCCCCUGGGAGGACAGAUUCAGGGUGUGUCUUGACCUGGUCAGGCUCCUGCACUUCCUCUCCCGGUCUCCUCUGGGCUCCGUGGGGCUCCUGGACUUCCAGCCGCGGCAGUUCGUCACCGUGUCUGGCGAGCUGAAGCUCACGGACCUGGACGACGUCAGCACGGAGGAGACGGCCUGCCAGGCGGACGCAGACUGCACUCUCCAGUUCCCCCACAGAAACUUUACCCUGCCCUGCACGUCCCGGGGCUCCUGCGAUGGACUGAACGAGAAGAGGAAUAUUUACAAUGCUUACAGGUAUUUCUUCACCUACCUGCUGCCUCACCAGGCCCCGCCUGGCCUCACACACCUGGUAGACCGCAUCAUGAACACAACAGGGGAGCUGAAAGCGAACAUCAAUCAGACUCUGGAGGCCUUUGAACAUAUUCUCGUGCUAUACAAGUCGGGCCUACACCUGGACAACCUGCCUGCAUUAAUAAUCAGAGAUUACAGUGUGAUGCGCGGCAUGGGGACCUCUGAGAACGUGGAGUACCGCUGCUGGCCGUCGUACAGCCAGCAGGGCUGCGUGCUGUCGGUCCACAGCGCCAGAGAGGCCGCGUACAUCUGCAACACCCACUCCCAGUGCACCAGCUUCACUCUGACGGGGAAGAAAACGUGGACGGGCCGCCUUCUCGCCUCUUUCAGGAGCAGCUUUAGUCACCUGGUGCCUGAUGAGACAUCAGAAGUUUAUGUGAAGAAAACCAAAGUUCCUGAAGCUCCUUCAUUGUGACUUCUAGAAGUAUGAAUCCACAUUUGAUCUGAAGUUACUAGGGGAUUGGAACGAGAUCCAAAACACGGCUCGGCGGCUGAAAGUAAAGCAGAAGUGUUGCGACUGUGAAGGGAACCGUGCACUCGUGGAGAACAUGUUGAGCGCAGCUCAGCUUGUGAUGAGAGGCAGCGUGCGGAGCGUCCAGCUUGUUUGAAGUGUGCAACUGAAUGUGAUGUAUUUAAACGGCUUCUGCUCGGCGACUGUUUGAUCUGCCUGCCAACUCGCUGCCUCCGCCAACUACUAUUUAAAGGGAUUUCCCUUCAGGUACAAUUAAGGAGGGAGAGUCUUGUGCCCUCGACAAGAUGUUUUUUUUCCUCUUUACCUUGCCUCCGUGCACCAUGAGUGUUGACUUUCAUCGCGAGGCCAUGUCCCCAUAGACAGAUUUUUAAACCUGAGCAAGCAAUAAGAGCAGUCGCCACAGUUCAGUGUUUGAAGCCCGAGGACGAGAACAGAAAACAAGCUCUUAUACAAAUACACUUUGAUGUUAAUGUGGUGAAGUUGGGACUGUUUUUUUCAUGGUUCUCUGACUGAAACCGCAGUGUGGUAUGUGAUGGCAACAACCAUAGAAGCAUUUACACAUCAACAUGAGGCAAAGAUCAUUAAAACCAUUCCAGUUUUUAACAUAGUUUUUGUAUUCUUAGCUUUUUUGUUUAGGUCAUAAAUAUUUAUGUGAUGAUCAAAUGAAAUGUAAUUGUUCUUAUAUGUUUGUGCAUUAUGGCUUAUGUGCACCUUGUGGGUGAAACUUUUAUUUUCAAUGAAAAAUUUUUCACUUAAGUGUUUUUUUUAUACUUCACUUGUAACUGUACAGUUUGCAUAAACUUAAUGUUUCUACUUGUGA